UUAACAUUAGAUUCAAACAACAGUCUCUCUUUUGAGGGGAGAGUAACAACAGCUUAUUUGUUCAUGGUGCGAAAGCUUUGAGAAAUGGAAGUGGAACGCUUUGUGACAAAGACCUUGGAGCUGUUACAGGAGGAGAGAGAAGCAGAGAUCGAGGAGACAAGAACAUGGCAGGAAACUUUGUCCCUGAAGAAUCUGCAACACAAAGGAGUGUGUUUGCUAAAGCUACAGACAGGAAGUCAACGGACCGGCAUGUAUGGACGACUCCUGGUUGUCUUUGAGCCAAGGAAGAACAUUGGAGUUUCAGUUCUUCCAAGCAACAGUUUUGGCCCUGGUGAUAUAGUGGGUUUGUACGAGUCAGAAGGGUGCAGUCAGCCGUCUCAGCUGGGGUCAGGUGUGGUGACUCGUGUCACCCAGUCGUCUGUGUCUGUGGCAUUUGAUGAGACUCAGGAUAGUCUCAGCCUGGACACUGAUGUCCUGUACAAUCUAAUGAAACUGGCAAAUGACAUCACUUACAAACGUCUGACAAGUGCCCUGAAUUCUUUGAAUGGAUAUCACAGUGGUCCAGCAUCCAACCUGAUAAAUGUCCUUUUCGGUUACUCAGAACCAGGAGUGCUUUCACAACCAAAGGAUGUAGAGUUCGUGAACGCUGGGCUGGAUGAGUCUCAGAAAGAAGCCGUGACCUUUGCCUUGUCUCAGAAGGAUGUCGCCAUUAUUCAUGGACCACCAGGGACAGGCAAGACCACCACUGUAGUCGAAAUCAUCCUGCAAGCAAUCAAACAAGGACAAAAGAUCCUUUGCUGUGCUCCCUCCAAUGUAGCGGUUGAUAAUUUGGUUGAGCGACUUGCUAAAAGUAAGGCUAAAGUGUUAAGGCUGGGCCAUCCUGCUCGUCUACUGGAGUCCAUACAGAAACAUUCACUGGACGCCGUCCUUGCCCAGAGUGACAACACCAGCAUUAUCGCAGAUAUACGCAAAGACAUGGAUAAAACAUACGGUGAGAUGAAGAAGGUUCGUGACAAAGGGCAGCGGGGAAACCUAAAACGGGAGUUAGGAGAACUCAGACGAGAGCUGAAGUCCAGGGAAGAGGCAGCUGUCACUCAAAUCCUGAAAGGAGCUAGCGUUGUCCUUGCAACCAACACAGGCGCGUGUGACGAUGGUCCUCUGAAGUUCCUGCCAGACGGUCACUUUGACUUAGUGGUGAUAGACGAAUGUGCUCAGGCAUUGGAGAGCAGCUGUUGGAUUGCUCUACUCAAAGCACCCAAGUGCAUCUUGGCAGGAGACUACAAACAACUGCCGCCCACUAUCAAAUCACAAAAUGCAGCAUCUAAAGGCCUGUCUGUGAGUUUAAUGGAGAGGCUCAUUCAGAAAUAUGGAGACACGGUCGUGAGAAUGCUGACCACCCAGUACCGCAUGAACGCUGCCAUUAUGCAGUGGGCCUCAGAGAACAUGUACCAGGGUAAACUGACUGCCCAUCCCUCAGUGGAGAAACAUUUACUCAGAGACCUGCCCGGGGUAGCUGACACUGAGGACACUGGUAUAGCCUUGCUCCUCAUUGACACAGCCGGCUGUGGCCUGAGUGAAAUGGAGGACACUGAUGAGCAGUCCAAAGGCAACCAAGGUGAAGCAGACAUUGUGGCCCUUCAUAUAAAAGCGCUGACAGAAGCUGGUGUGAAGAACAAAGACAUUGCUGUCAUUGCCCCUUAUAACCUUCAGGUUGAUCUUUUGAGACAGAAGCUGUCACAUAAGCACACUGACCUGGAGAUUAAGUCUGUGGAUGGUUUUCAGGGGCGAGAGAAAGAGGCAGUGGUGUUGUCAUUAGUCAGAUCCAACAGGAAAGGUGAAGUUGGAUUUCUUGCAGAAGACAGGAGGAUUAAUGUGGCGGUGACCCGUGCAAGACGACAGAUUGUAGUUGUGUGUGAUUCACAGACCGUCCGAAACCACGAGUUCCUCAAGUCCCUAGUGGACUACAUAUCUGAGCACGGAGAGGUCCGGACAGCAUUUGAGUACCUGGAUGAUCUAGUCCCUCAGAAUUACACGCGUGAGCACAAAGAUAAACAGACUGAAGUAAAAGAUUCAUCCACUAAGCAGAAACCAAAAAAACAGGAAGGUAAGAAACAUGAAUCAGAGCAAAAGAAAAGCUCAGAGAGCAAAGCAAAAGGAGGAGGGGCUGCUCGGCGCCCUGACAAAGAUGCCAAGGAUGACUCUAAACCCAGAGGAGAGGGGCAGACCCAGAGUAAGCAAAUGGAGAUCAAAGAACAGUUGUUAAACUUUUUGAAGGACGUGGGGCAGGCGGAGCUUCAGUUUCCCUCCACUCUUAACUCUCACGACCGUCUCCUGGUCCACCAGCUCUCAGAAGAACUGGGACUGAAGCACAGGAGCCAGGGAGAGGGGAAAGAUCGCCACAUCACCGUGUCCAGAGCUCAAACUGGGCCAGGAAAAGCACCCAAAGAGCCAGAAAACAACCAAGAGGAGGUCUCAACACAACCGGAGAGCACAUCAGAAACUUCAGCUGAGCCGGUAGAUACUGAGCCCCUUAAGGUAACAUCUCAGCCUCCACUGGAUUUAAAGAGCUUGCAUUUGGAGCGCAUGCGAAGGGAACAGGAGAGACGGGAGCGGAAGAGCCAGCAAAGCAAACGACAGGAAACUGAAGCCAAGGCUGGAAAGAGUAAAACCAAAGCUGGGGCUGUCGACAUUGCUGCGGCCGCGACGCCGGAAGACGACUUUGACGCCCUCAUUGAUGCAGUGGUAAAAGCGGACAGCGUUUGUGGCUUUGUUAAGUGUAAAGCCAGCGUCCUCACCCUGGGCCAGCUUUGUCUUUACUGUAACAGGCAGUACUGCCUGAGUCACCAUAUUCCUGAGGUCCAUGGCUGUGGAGAUAAGGCCAAGUCUCAUGCUCGAAUGAGAAUUAGCAAAGAGGGUGUGCUCUAUGCCGGAAGUGGGCAGAAGGACAAGUCCAUGGAUCCAAAUAAAAAAGCCUAUCUUCACAGGAAACUAGAUUCAAAACUCAAAGAUAUGGCAUCUCAACGGAAAAGUAAAACAAAAGACCAAAAGGAACAUUGACAAUUAAGCAUGUUUGCUUAU